CAGUUACACUACCCGCGGGUUGGUUGUGUUUUACAUUGCUGCUCUAGUGGGAAGUAGAACGUUUAGCAUCACAUUUUGCACAACCACAAAAGCAAAAAAAAAAAAAACAUAAAUAAAUUGUAAUAAUAACAAUCAGAAGCAGCGAGACAAAGGCAGACAAAACGGCGUUUCUACAGCAGCGUCGCCUUUUCAGCGGCGGCGGCGUCGGCGUCGGCGUGCUGGGCGGCAGCGGAUCCAUGAAACAACAACAGCCGCCGCCGCUGCCACAAACGCAGCCGCCGUCGCUGUCGCUGUCGCAGCCAGCCGCUGGAGCAGGAGGAGCAGCAGCUGCCGAGGGCAGCGCCGUGGCCCAUGCCAUCAGCAGUCUCAAUGGCAGCAACAACAACAACAACAACAACAAUGCUGAAACGGCCAGGUGUCGCCCACCUUUGUAUCCAAAACCAAAGACACCGUCGUUUGACAAGGAUCGGGAUUAUAUUGGCUUUGCCACGCUGCCGGAGCAGGUGCAUCGGAAAUCGGUGAAGCGCGGCUUUGAGUUCACGCUGAUGGUCGUUGGCGAAUCGGGUCUGGGCAAAUCCACAUUGAUCAAUAGCCUAUUUCUGGGUGAUCUCUACAAGAAUCGCCAGAUGCCCAAUGUGGAGGAUCGCAUCGAGAAGACAACACGCGUCGAAAAGAAAACCAUGGACAUUGAGGAGCGCGGCGUCCGACUGCGUCUGACCGUUGUCGAUACGCCCGGCUUUGGGGAUGCCAUCAACUGUGAGGAUAGCUGGCGCGUCUGCACCCAGUACAUUGAUGAGCAGUUCCGUCAGUAUUUCACCGACGAGAGCGGCCUCAAUCGCCGCAAUAUACAGGACAAUCGUGUCCAUUGCUGCUUGUACUUUGUGCCGCCAUGGGGUCACAGCCUGCGGCAGAUGGACUUGGAUCUGAUACGGCGUCUGCAUCGAAAGGUUAAUAUUGUGCUGGUCAUUGGCAAGGCCGAUUGCCUAAACAAGACGGAGGUGCGCAAGCUGAAGGAGCGCAUAUUACAGGAUCUCGAGGAUAAUCACAUACAGCUGUAUCAGUUUCCCGAGUGCGAUUCCGAUGAGGAUGAUGAUUUUAAGCAGCAGGAUCGCGAGCUAAAGGCCUCCAUACCAUUUGCCGUUGUUGGCAGCAAUACCAUACUCGAGGUUGCCGGCAAGAAGGUGCGCGGCCGUCAGUAUCCCUGGGGCGUGGUCAACGUGGAGGACGCUGAGCACAGCGACUUCAUCAAGCUGCGCACAUUCCUUAUAUCCACGCACAUGCAGGACCUAAAGGACACCACACAGGAUGUGCACUACGAGAACUUUCGGGCGCAGUGCAUUUCACAGAUAUCGCAGCAUGCGCUGCGCGAGCGCGGCAAAUUGAAGCGAGACUCGAUCAGCUCAACGAACGGAUUCGAUGCGGCCAUUUCAGAAACGGAUCGCCUGCUGCUUCAGAAGGACGAGGAGAUUCGACGCAUGCAGGACAUGCUAACGCAAAUGCAGGAGAAGCUCAAGCAGACGCAUCUCAUGGAGAUGAAAAAGAACGACAGCGUCAUUGAUGUCUAAAAUGCUGACUCUCUGCCCAGGUCGCGUGUUCAAUUUUGCACCUUGAUACAUAUAUAUACACGUAUAUAUAUUAAGUAAUAUAAAUAUAAUACUUAUAUAGACACUCCCUCUACACCAACACACACACACACCCACACACACACACAUUUGCCGCUACAUAGGCAAACAACCACCAAAAAUUUUCGUUUUUAAGAUAGCACAGUUUCCAGUUAACCGAAUUUUGUUCUGAAAUUUUUACCUUAAGCUUUUUGUAGUUAAUGAAAACAAAAACAAGAACAACGAGCAGUGAAUAGAAUAUCGUUUUUUUUUUCUACGUCUUCUAGUUCUAAAAGGCAUUUGCCAUACGGAUUCACUUACAAUUUUGUAGAAGCGUCUCGUAGCUGAGCAUUGACCAAAGUUGUUUUUUUUUUUAAUUUAUCUAGUAUUUACCACAAAAAUCGAACAAUUAUGCUAAACUUUUUAGACGAAAACGCUUUCACGUCAAAUUCGCCAAUUUUCUUAUAAGCAAACAACACCUUUUUAAUUGUUGAACGUAGAUUUAAUUUUAUAACUAACUUCUAAAUAAUGCCCAAUAAUAUAGUGUAACCAAAAGAAUUCUUUUAACGAUACGAGACUAUGCCCAAAACAUAGCUGUUGGCUUAAAAGCGAAUUCCAGAACUCCGUAAAACAGUUUAAUUAGAGCUCGCAAUGGACGUAUUAUACCAAAGUAAAAUGAGUUUAAAAAACUGAACGACAAAGCAGACUAAAAGAAAAACAAGAGGCAAACCGAAACGUAUAUAUAUACAUAUAUCUGUAUGCAUAUAUAUAUAUACGAAUUUUUUUUUAUUUCUAUUUUUUGUCUUGAAAAACAAACUCCUAAUUUGUUAAAACGAAUUGUUAAUGAAUUUAUUUUUUAAAUGAUUAAUUAAGCAGCAAGCAACAUAAUAAUUAAAUUAAAA